UGAAAGUGCCUGACUACUUGACUAGAACUCUCUCGAACCAUCAAAAUAUCAUCCAAACUUCCUAUAUAAACCCUCGUCACUCCACCUCAUAGAUCAUCAGAAGCAAUUCCGUCAAAUACUAAACAGAUUAUCAAAGCUCGUUUCUUAUCGUUUCUAUAAUUUUCCGACUUUCCAAACGCAUCGAAAUGUCGCUGAUUCCUCACUUUUUCGGCCGCCGAUCGAACGUCUUCGACCCCUUCUCUCUGGAUGUGUGGGACCCGUUCGAGGGAUUUCCUCCACUCUCCGAUAAGAUUCGCUCAAACUUCCCCUCCGAAGCAUCGUCGUUAGCUCGGGCGAACAUCGACUGGAAGGAGACGCCGACGGCUCACGUGUUCAAGGCGGACGUGCCGGGGCUGAAGAAGGAGGAGGUGAAAGUGGAGAUGGAGGACGAUAGGGUCCUGCAGAUCAGCGGAGAGAGGAGCCGCGAGCAGGAGGAGAAAGGAGACACGUGGCACCGCGUGGAGCGCAGCAGCGGGAGGUUCAUGCGGAGGUUUAGGCUGCCGGAGAAUGCGAAGAUCGAUCAGGUCAAGGCGGCGAUGGAUAAUGGCGUGCUCACCGUGACGAUUCCGAAGGAGGAGGUCAAGAAGCCCGAUGUGAAGUCAAUUGAGAUCUCUGGUUGAAUUGUCCGUUAAUCAUCCCUCUUUCAUAUCAUGUUAGUGUGUGUGUGUGUGUUUUUGUGGUGGGGUGUUGGUGUAUUGUUGGAUUUCUUAGUAGCUGAUUCUGCAAUGUAUAUGCAGACUUGCAGUAAAACAUGGGGUCUAUGUUUUGGUUUGUAAAUGUUUAAGUUUGAGCAGUAAAAAUGCAGUUUUUUUGGGUUAAA